CAACAGCAUACGCACCAGCUCCGUCUUGACAGGCCUCCAGAGUUACAAUAACGCACCUCUUUCAGGUGUGAGCCGCAAUCAUGGCUGCCGUCGCACCCUUCAAUCCGCGCCCGCUGCUCCAGAGCUUAAUUGACAAGGACAUCAUCGUGCGCCUCAAGUGGGGAGACACCGAAUAUAAGGGCCGCCUGGUUUCCAUGGAUUUGUACAUGAACAUCCAGCUCGCGAACACGGAGGAAUUUGUGAAUGGCGUCAGCUCAGGCACAUUAGGACAGGUCCUGAUAAGAUGCAAUAACGUUCUUUGGAUUGGUCAGGCAGACAAGGUGGAACCAAAGCCUACGAGAGAUACGAAUAUGUCUGGUUGAGCGGUGUGGAAUUGUCACGUUUGGUUAAAGAGGACGGUACGUUGAGCAUGUUCGACACGACAUGCUAGGCCCUCACGUUUGGGUUGGCCAUGGCUCAAGAGACUCGACCGUGAAGGUCAAGUUUGGUACUACGUUUAGCGAGAAAACGGAAGGCG